AUGGAGUGGAGUUUUGAAGGAGUGACAUGUCAUGGAGUUUUUAAACCUGAGGCUAGCGUAGCCAUUCUUAACUUUUGUUUACAAGAAUCUAUGGUCACGAUUACAUACCGAGUUCUUGAUGUGAACACCAUGGCCGUGUGUAUUGUGGACGUCGAUAGUGAGCAUACGCCUACGAUUCAAUAUGGCAACAUGUAUCGCAUUAAUCCAGCCAAAUAUGAGCGUGAACCAGAGGAUUAA